UAUUAGAAUAAAUUAUUUAUUUUUUAAAAAAACUGCCAUAAUAGCCAAUGUUGGAGAGUUGGACAAUUAUAUAAAUAAAUUAUUUUUUAUAGUUUUGAAUAUAGUAUUUGUGUGAGCUACAACCAAACUAAUUUUUUAUUAACUUACACGUCCCUCGGAGAAUGGCUGAAACUUUGUCUUGUCUUUAUGUAAUAAGAAAAUACAUACAAAAGCCGUCCUGAAUAUUUUGAGCUCGAUCAAAAUGCAUUUGGGACCACAUGGACUACAUAGAUAUAAAGUUUGGAUAAGAAAUCAAUAUAUAUACUCUGAUUUCUGUGGUCUGAAUAACCAAAAACACUUGAAUAAAGGAAAUUCAUAGUGAGAGAACAAAAAGAAAAAACUUAUUUUGUAAAAAUCUGCCAGCCGAGGGAUGAAUCUCGGCCUCUGUAUCUCCAAAAAGGGAGUGGAUGAUGAUGAUAAUAAUAGUGGUUGUUGAAUUUAAACAAACAUGUACGUAGCACCUACUAAUAUACAUUAUUUGUACAUCUUACCAACUGAGAUGAGACUAUUAGCAAUAUGACUUAUAUUAGUCUGUAAAUAAGUUCUCUAAACUUUUAUAUAAGUGAUAUCAACAACUAUAUAUACAUGGCAAUACGACCACUCCGCCAUGCCUCACCAAGGCUGCGGCCACCACGAAAGUUCCAUUUCAUACUAAUGAUACUUGUGCCUAUUUUUGUGUUUACAUUAAUAUUGACUCAUCAUGGCCAGAAACUCUCAUACUUCUUCCGUCCGAUGUGGGACCAUCCACCACCACCAUUCAUUCACAUGCCACAUUACUACGCAGAAAAUGUUUCAAUGGACCACCUUUGCCACCUCCAUGGCUGGUCCCUCUUACCAAAACCCCGCCGUAUUUUCGACGCCAUCAUCUUCAGCAACGAGCUAGACUUGCUCGAGAUCCGGUACGGUGAACUCUCACCAUACGUAACAAAAUUCGUAAUCCUCGAGUCCGAAACCACCUUCACAGGCAUCCCCAAACCUCUCUUCUUCGCUUCGAAUCAGUCUCGUUUCGCCUUUGCUAAGAAGAAGAUUGUUCAUGAUGUGUUCUCCGGCGAAAUUGCAACCCCAGGUUCACACAAGGACCCCUUUGACUUGGAAAGAAAGCAACGAAUCGCCAUGGACUCAUUAGUUCGUAAAUCAGGGAUUUCUUAUGGUGAUAUCCUUAUAAUGUCGGAUACUGAUGAGAUCCCAAGUGCUAAUACUCUUAAGUUGCUCCAAUGGUGCGAUGGUGUGCCACCAGUUAUGCAUCUUGAACUGAAGAACUACAUGUACUCUUUUGAGUUCCCAUUCGACUACAGCAGCUGGCGGGCCACGGCGCACAUCUACGGCCAUUAUACCAGCUACCGCCAUUCGCGCCAAACCGAUUACAUAUUUUCCGAUGCAGGGUGGCAUUGCAGCUUCUGCUUUCGGUUCAUUACGGAUUUUGUGUUUAAGAUGACUGGUUAUAGCCAUGCAGAUCGUGUCAGACGUAAAAGCUUCUUGGACCAAUCGAGAAUUCAAAAACUUAUAUGUCAAGGUGAUGAUCUCUUUGACAUGUUGCCAGAAGAGUAUAGCUUUAAGGACUUGAUAACGAAAAUGGGAUCGAUACCCCGGUCGAGUUCUUCUGUUCAUCUUCCUACCUUUUUGAUCACAAAUGCAGAUAAGUUUAGGUUUCUUCUGCCUGGAGGCUGUGUGAGAGAGCCAAAAUGAAGGUGUGUUAUAUUACCUUAUUACCUAUGCUCCAUGCUUAAUGGAACAGUUGUGCCGCUUAUUCAACUUUUUUUUUGUUGUUGUUGUAGUGUGUAAACGGUAAAUUAUGAACUAGUGGUACAAAUCGAUUUAGGGGUGUUGAUGAAUUUGAAGAGGACAUAGAAAGUAGUGUCUUCAGCUGUAAAAUACACAAAAAGAAGGCAAUUCUUAGAGGGAGAUGUUCUUUAUUUAUACAUGAUUGAUUAUAUUUGGGACUA